AUGAAACGCACCAUCGUUAUUAGGUAAAACGAGUGUGUGUGUCAAUAAUGGCUCCUUUUAUUACACAACUCUGAGACAUUUUAAGUUUCUGUUCUCCAUUUAGGGCAGAAUUCUUGGCUGUCAUUAUUGUACCUAGACCAAAAAAAGAGCUGAAAACCUGCAGAUCUAGCAACAAAGACUGUGCCAUCUGUGACCCUGUGACCCCACAUUGGCAAAUAUUUUGCGCAAACCCCCCCCCCCAAAAAAAAACCUCUGUAAGGAAGGGAGCAUGUAUUCAUUCAAAACUCAAGGGGACUUGA